GAGAGAGACUGCGCGAGGAUUGUAGAAUGCUCAGUGACUGGUGGGAAGAGUAAAGAUGAGUGUGACAUCAUGGUUUUUGGUGAGCAGCUCCGGCACUCGGCACCGGUUGCCACGGGAGAUGAUCUUCGUUGGACGUGAGGACUGUGAACUCAUGCUCCAGUCACGCAGUGUGGAUAAACAGCAUGCUGUGGUUAACUACAACGCUGCUACAGAUGAGCACUUGGUGAAAGACCUUGGCAGUUUAAACGGGACCUUUGUGAAUGACCUGAGGAUUCCUGAUCAGACGUAUAUCACACUGAAGCUGUCUGACAUCAUUCGAUUCGGAUAUGAUUCCCAUGUGUAUGUUCUGGAGCGGAGCCAACACAGAGUACCGGAGGAGGCCCUGAAGCAUGAGAAAUACACCAGCCAGCUGCAGAUGGAUUUAAAAUCCUCAGAGCUGAAGAAGAAAGAGCUGCUGGACGACAGGACGAAGACAGACAGGUCUGAAAGCAAGAGUCUUACAGAAACCUCUGUGUGUCGCCCCACUCCUCUGUACGGUCAGCCCUCAUGGUGGGGAGAAGAAGAUUCAGGAAAUAAAGCUUUUAUUACCGAAGGACGUAAAACCGAUGAGACUCGAUCAGAAGUCCUGAAGGAAGCAGAAGUGAACGGGUCUCUUCAGGAAUUUUGUGAUGGCCAAAGCAAGUCUGCGUUCCUGUACCACCGAGAACCAAGUUAUUUUGAAAUUCCCACCAAAGAGAUUCAAACACAUUCCAAAUUCCCUGAGAUUGAGCUGAACGACAUUCCCACUAAGGACACAGACACACAGACACCGAAAUCCACUCCACCUGUGUACCAGAGCCACGCCUCCUUCACCAUCGAGUUCGACGAAUGCACGCCAGGAAAAAUGAAAAUCAAAGACCAUGUGACCAAAUUCUCAUCUCGACAGCGGAGCAAACAGUCAAGUCCUAAAUUGAGCACCACAGCGCCCACCGAGGUCCAGUCUCCAGAGAGCAAGGUCGCUGAUUGGCUGGUUCAGAGUGAUGUGGGCAUGAUGUCAUCGAGACGGCCGACCAGUGACGAUGUCUACAGCACCAAGAGUGACCUUGCCAUGCACAUCAGGACACUCAAAGGCCACCAUCAUGAAGAUGGUACUCAGAGUGAUUCUGAAGAUCCAGUAACCAAAGGGAAGAGGAGUAAAUCUCAUCACUCAAUCCAACCAGACGAGGCAAAUGUACUGAAAACAGUGGAACCUUCCGAAUGUUGCAAACCCCAAUCACCUCCUAAAAACCUUCAUGACAUCCCUGGUACUCCUGAAGGACCUUGUGUAUUAGAGCCUUCACCUUUCACUCAAAGCCAGAUGAAAUCUGUGCAUCAAGAACCUUUAAGCCAGCAGGCCUUUAUUAUAGAAUUUUUUGACGAUAAUCCCCGUAAGAAGCGCUCCCAAUCUUUUACCCACAAUUCUGUGCACGGUGAUAAUUAUUCCGCUCUCAGAGCGAAACUGGAGCGGCGUAAAGGAGCCGAAAGGCCUGCAUCUGUUCAUGGAAAUAUUCCUCCCACGCAACAGAUCACGGUCCCUCUAAAGGGCUUAAGCCAUGGAGUUCAUCAAAGAUCAAGCUCGCUAAAGAGGGAGAAAACAGAGGAUGCGAUGAGCAAGGGAGGUACUUCCCCUUCCUCCUCCUCCAUCACUUCCUCAUCCUCUCGCUCUUCUCCAGCGGUCAUCAUCAAACCUUUUGGCAGCAUUGGAAAGAAAUCCAAACUUGCUCAAGAAUUUGUUAACGAGUUUCUUAACGAACCUUCACCACCGAUGUCGGCACCGCCGGUGAUGAUGUCACCAGCACACACACAUCUUCCGUCUCCGGAGGACACACGUGUAUGUGCACCUUCCUCCCUGUCUUACCCAGCCUCUCCAUCCCAGAUACACACACAUCAUCUGUCCCAAACACUCCUUCCUGCUUCUUCUCCAGUGUCUAUCCCCUCUCUUCCUCCAUCUGUGGGACCAGAUUCCAGCACUUCAUUGUUACCCCCAUUUUCUCCUGCCCUGGGACCCGAGCCAGACUCUAAAACCAUUAAAACGCAUCCUAAAGGCCCUGGGGCAAUUCGUACAGAGGAAGAGGACAGUCUGAGUGAUGCUGGGACCUACACUAUUGAGACCGAGUGUCAGGAUAAAGAAGUGGAAGAAGCUCGCAGUAUGAUAGAUCAGGUAUUUGGAGUGCUGGAUGCUCCAGAGUACAGCGGAGUUUACAGACCGGUCAUCAGUGAGCAAGAUGUACUAAACCAAACCCAUACUGAGGUCCUGCACACGUCAGCACAAGAGCUUAAUGAUCUGAACUCCAGCCUCAGCACAGAUCCAGAAAGCUUUCUACAGGGGCAUUCUGAGCUGAGUGGACCCAAGUGGGUGUCUCGGUGGGCAAGUUUAGCAGACACUUACACUGACUCUGGAACUGCAGCAGUACCUUCAGGAAGUCCUCCACAAGGAACCGUUUCACACAGAGAUGUCAAAGGAUCCCUGAGCCAGAGUGUGGAUCAUUCAGAAUCAGAGUGUACUCAGAGCUCCAAAACCAGACGUCUUCUUCCCCAGGUUCCGUCUACAGGAGAAAAGCAGGAGAGUAAGACUCCCUGCAUCCUGAUCCGGACUGAGCCGAGCCUGGAGUGUGAUCCCUCCGAAAAAGUCUCUAAGACGUCACAGCCGGAUUCCACUCAGAGGUUAAAGGUUCAGGAGGAUGUGGAUCAUGACAGCCUGAGUGACACCAGUCGUUCUGAUGAUAGCUCAAUCCUGGACAGAAGCUCAAAGAGUCAAGAGCAAUACAGAAUGACUGCAUCGCUAAAAUUAGAAAACGCCCAGCCAAAGUCCACUUCCUUCUACAUCGGUUCUGAGGAGGGUUCCUGUAAAUCAGAUGCUUCCCGGAGUCCGGUUCUUUCUCAGACCGAGCGGGCUCCUUCUCCCAAGAUGCCUCCAACCACUGUCCUGAUAAGACACCUGAGCAGCAACGAAUCCAAGCGAGCUGUGAAGCCAAACUCAUCAGCACCAAAUCUCCAAACCCAUAACAAAGAUUGUGUUCCUACUAAAGAACCUCUGUCAUCUUCUUUUGUUCGCCAGGAGAGCUUCACCAAAGAUCGACCAAGUGACAACAUCCAGGUGAAAAGGUUACCUCACAUAUCCAGUCAUCCCGCUUUACGGGAUUUAGGCACACUAGAAAGCGACCAAGACUCUUUAUCAAAAGAACGCAGACAGUCCACGUCAUCUCAAAAGCAAAAAAAGGGAAGUUCUCGCGAACAGGCUGGAGAUUCUCUUUCUGGUGAAUCAGAUGUGGACACAGCUAGCACUGUGAGCUUAGUGAGCAGUAAAAAUCUGCCUGUUAGCACGGUGAAGAAGCGAGCAUCUUCUAGUGCACCUCGUAAGGAUAAAUCCUCUUCAUCUUCACAGGAGAAAACCAGACAGCCAACAGCGCGGGAGAGGCUCUCAGAAAAACGUCGCAAUCAUGCAGUUACAGAAAGCAGCACAGCUAAAUCCCAAUCUACACGUCGACUACAUUUACGCCGCAGCACUGGAAACAGCGGUUCGUUAGAUUUUUCAGACAAUCAGCAGAUUCACGGCCAGACUGAAGUAGCCUCUUCAGAUCACGAGUCAACAUCACGACCUUCCAGCCGCAAGAAACUGUCCGUGUCUCCGCAAAACCAAGAUACAAACAAAUCCAAUAAAGCAGCUCAUCAGGUUCUCACCCGGUCCAACAGUCUCUCAGCUCCCAGACCGACACGGGCCUCCAUGCUGCGCCGCGCCCGGCUCGGAGAAACAUCCGAUAACGAAGGAGCCGAAACAGAUCGCACGUCUCAGGGUUCAGAACAAACAAAACCCUCUGGAGACCCUAAAAAGCUGUCAAGAUUGGACAUUUUAGCCAUGCCACGCAAACGUACUGGAUCUUUUACCACUCCCAGUGAACACGAAUCACUAAACAAACAAACACACGGCCGUCCUGCUGAUGUUAAUGCUAAUGGGCGGAGAAUGUCCACGAGUGAAACAAAACCAAGCAGUAAAAUUUCUCCAACGUCAGAAAAACAGUCAUCCAUCCGCACACGCACCAGUCAGGCUAAACACACUGGCACGAGCAGUUCUCAUCAGAAACAGAAAGGUUCUGAUGAUUCCUCCUCAUCAGAGGAAGAGCGUGACGCCAGCUUUAAAAAUAAAUGCUCUCACACUUCAACCUCAACUCAGACCCAGACUUCACAGAGACUCGUUCCCACUCGGCUGGACAUAGAGGAUGAUGAAGCACAAAACGAGCACUACCAGAACUGGACCAAUCACAGUGCAGAGAUCGCCAGGUUGAGUCAGGACUUGGCCAAAGAUCUUGCUAUUCUUGCGCGUGAAAUCCACGAUGUAGCUGGAGAAACUGACACACCCACGCCUUCAGCGACGGGGUGCAACACUCCGCCCGGGUCGCUCCCUAACACACCUGCGUCUACUAUCUCCACCCGAGAGGAGUUGGUGCAUCACAUCCCAGAUGCCAGUCUAAGUUAUCAGAAAGUUCCUGCAGGUUCCCCGAGUCCAGUGGAUCAGGACAGUGAGGGAGCCAAACGACGUCCCUGGAACAGAGAAGAGGUGAUUUUGGACAAUCUCAUGCUGAACCCAGUGUCACAGCUCUCACAGGCCAUCAGAGAGAACACAGAACAGCUCACUGAGAAGAUGAAAUCCUUAUUCCACAGCACCACAGACAUCUGGGAGGAGAUCGAGGCGAAAAUGAAUGCUGAAGUUGAAGUCCCAAUAAUUAAAACGUCCAAUAAGGAAAUCUCCUCCAUCCUGCAGGAGCUGAGGAGAGUCCAGAGACAGCUGGAGGUGAUAAACUCCAUUGUGGAACCUGGAGGAAGUGUGAAGAUAACGGCGCCAUCUGCAGCGGGAAAACAUAAAUGUACGUCUGCAAGUGCCAAGCGGGGCGGUAAAUAAUCAGUGUGAGGAACGAGACGUCUGACUUAGUCCAGUCAUAUCUGCUGAAAAUCUCCUUCAUGCUUCGUAGGACCUGACUGCGCUGAAAUGUAACGCUGUGUUCAAUAUAAACCUGCUGCUUGCUUCAGAGAGGAGACAUACUCUGUGUGUGUGUGUGUGUGUGUGUGUGUGAGUGUGUGUGUGUGUGUGUGUCAGUAUUGUUUAUUAUGUAAACAUGUCCAUGUUACUUGUCUGUUACUUGACUCAGAAGUGUGUAUCACCUGUGUGUGACCGCCAGAGUGUGUGCGCGUGUGUGUGUGUGCAUGUGUGUGUGUGUGUACGUGUGUGUGUACGUGUGUGCGUGUGCGUGCGUGUGCGUGUGUGCGCGUGUGUGUGCAUGUGUGUGUGUGUGUACGUGUGUGUGUACGUGUGUGCGUGUGCGUGCGUGUGUGUGUGUGCGCGUAUGUGUGUGUGUGUGUACGUGUGUGCGUGCGUGCGCGUGCGUGCGUGUGUGUGUGUGUGUGAGCACUGUGGCUGUUACAUUGUUUACUUAAGAAGGAAAGGAUAGCACGGGCCGUGAGCAGAACAGAUCCGCAGGCUGCAGGUUGUUCAGUGAAGUCUUUUCAGGACAUAUUUGUGUUGUUCUGUAACGUUAUACAGGUUUAAACAGCCUGAUUAUUUCUCUUUUUGCUGUAUUGCAGCAUCUAAUCAGUAUCACACGUGAGGUCGCGCUGUUGUACUGUAUAUCAGCGCGGCUGUGAUGAGGUCGUAGGCGAGAGGGUGUAGUCUGAGUACUGAAGAUAUCACAGCCGUGCUGAUAUUUAGUACAACAGCACAACCUCGAGUGUGAUAUCACUUUUAUACACCAGUUCCACGAACACCAGUUAUUACCAACGGAUUAUGUUUUGUUUCUGUAUUUUACCACUUUUAUCCACCUACACAUAUCCUUCUGCACCUGGAGGAACUAACUAACAGUGACUGGCAGAGCUGGCGAGCGACGGUUAGCGAGCGACGGUUAGCGAGCGACGGUUAGCGAGCGACGGUUAGUGUCUUUAACAGGAGGUGAGAGUGUUAAACUCUUAGCGGUACUCUGUAGCCAAAGGGUGAGGAGAAUUAAACUAAUAAAUAAUAAACAUUUUAAUAAUAAUUAAUAAAUAAAACUCACCAGAUUUACUGUAUAUUUACACUUAUUACACUUUAGAGUAUCAGCUCCUUUAACUUCAGGGUUCUGGGGUCGAAUCCCAAAUAGUGUUAAAUGAAAAGCUAGGACCCUAUAUAGGGUGCACAAUCCCUUGUUUCACACACCAAGUAGUGCCCUUGAUCAGGGGUUAGAGAGCGAUUUGGGCGUGCAGAGACGGCGUGUUGUUUAAGACGCCAUAACGUUAUCAGAUGUGUGUUCUUACUGAAAGUGCUUCUGUGACUGGGUGUGAAUGUGGGUUUAGUCAGACAGCUGCUCUCUCCUCAGUACUGCGGACCGUACAGACCUACUCUCACCCACGCUGAGACACACAGUUAGGGUCAUUAACCACUGGACAACACCUGGGACACGCCCACUCAUACACAGAGUUACACCUCACAGUGCUGUUACUGUCUGUUAUCAGCACUCGAGUGGAAUAACGCCUCUCGUCCAAUCGGAUCACUCGGUCAGCACUUACUGUUGUAUAAUAGCAUUUCUUUCUCUUCACUGCACGUCCUCUGUCCAGCGGGUCGGUGUGGAGGUGCUGUUGGACAUUUAUGUCCCCAUUAGUUUACUCUUGGAUGGUGAGGUGAUGCCUCGCUUGAUACCAUUAAAUCAUGGCUUCCUGUUACGUCCUCUCACUCUGUGGUCAUCAUAACUGUGCUAUGCAUGAUCAAAACACACACACACACACACACACACACACAGAUAACUGUAUAUAAGUAUAUAUUACAUUUCCUGGUACAAUGUGAAUGAUACAGUAUGAAUGUGACUCAAUGCUAAUGCUAAUGCAACAGAAAUAUUAUAACGUGAGUAAAUGGAAUAAACUGAGGAUUUAUGAAGCUUUGUUGAAAAUAACGACAGCGGCACCUGCACGUCUCAUCAGUAACAAACAUUCGCAACUUUUUCCAACUGAUCGACAUUUUCAGUGAUCUGAACAAUUAUAUGAUAAGAUUCUUUGUUUUAGGCUCCGCCCCCUUUAACACUCAUUGGGAACGUUUGUAGUAUUUUUAUACAUAAUUUUUUUCAUACACGUGUGGGGCGGAGCUUACGCCGAACUGAAGCCUGUGUCCUGAGUGUGUUUGGUGUGAUGAGAUGCAGUACACGUGUGAACAGUAGGGGGCAGUGUAGAGGCACGGCGAGGAGUCUCCAGGAGUGAGCCACGCCCACUGUACUCCGACAUGUUUGUUUACUGUCUGAUUCAAUUCCUACUGGAAUCCUCUGGUUACACGUGUAGUACAACACGUCAACACACACGCUCGGGAUGUUACUGAGUUUAAACGUCUCGACCCACGUGUCACGUCACGAUCCAUUACACCUUUACACAAUCCCGCUUCUGUCCACCUGGGUGUACCUGCAGAGCGGUCAUGUGACUAAACACAGCGGUCAUGUGACUAAACACUGGGAAUGUUUAAUAACUGAUUAAUCUGACCAACGCUGGAUUUACACUUAGACAUUUAAUCCAUACCAUGUGUGUGUGUGUGUGUGUGUGUGUAAGAGAGAGAGAGCUACUCACUCUAAACUUAUUUUUAGUUUUAAAUAGAAUUUUUCCACUGAACACCGAAUAUUAUUUGUUAUUUUUCACACUUCUGUUGAUUUACUGUACGGUUUAAAUACAUCAGGUUCUGAUUCUACAGACUUCAGGGACACGUGAGGUUUAAACUCAUCAGAGUUGGAGGGAUCUGAACUCAACAGUUUAACAGCAGCUGGACUGGAAUUGAGCACACACACACACACACACACGCACACGCACGGCUGAAGUGAAACUAAAGCUGUAGUAGAACGUUUGAUUAUUGAUUAUUGAUCGUUAUUGUUAUUUAGAGUUUGUGGAUUUGUUAAAGUGAUUAUUUUCAUUUUGGCUGCAAAUUACGAUGAAAUUAUUGUAUCAGGAAAUCCUUAAUUAAAUAAAUUAUAAUAGAAAACAAUCUCAUAAAGACUGAUGUUUAGACUUGUAAUGGUUGUUGCUAACUUUGCAUCAAGUGUGUGUGUGUGUGUGUGUGUGUGUGUGUGUGUGUGAGUUAUCCUGUGGCAAAUACCUGUAGCGUUAUUUAACAAUGUUCAUUAAGAGCAAAAUUUAUGAUGUUUAUUUUUAAUGUUUUGGUCCAGCAGCUGAAACACGGCGUCCUGCUUCAGUUUAUUGUGAUUUUAUUUAAUUAAUUAUGUUUUAGUUAUUUGUUUAUCGAUAUCAAUAUUUAUUUGUGUGUCUGCGUGUGUGUGUGCUGUUUGUUUGCUUUGUUUAAAUUUAAAGAUUAAAGAUGUGUAUCUGUAACUUAAGUGUGAGUUUUUUGUAUAAAUGCUCUUACACAAACACACACACACACACACACACACACACACACAAACACACACACAAUCUCUCUAAAAUUAUUAGAACAGCAAGGCUUUUUUAUGUUGCUUUAUCCUGUGUGUGUGUGUGUGUGUGUGUGUGUGUGUGAGACAGAAGGUGGGAUUAGCUCCAGAUGUUACACCACCCUGUACACGACACUUUUCCAUUUAAAUCCGUCCUUUUAUCCAGUGAUCAAAAAUACUG